AUGGAUCAUGGUGGAAGUAAUAAUUCUAUGCAAAGCCCAAAUUUCCGACUCGAUUUACUGAAGAAAAGAAAUCUUGCAGAAGCUAAUUCCAGCUCAAUUUUACCUUCAAAUUCAGGAAAUUUGGAAGCACAAAAGAAGCCUCAGCCAAAAAGAAGCUCAACCAAGGAUAGGCACACAAAGGUCGAUGGCCGGGGUCGUCGGAUCCGUAUGCCUGCAACUUGUGCUGCUAGGGUUUUCCAGCUUACUAAAGAAUUAGGCCACAAAUCAGAUGGUGAAACCGUCGAGUGGUUGCUCCAGCAGGCGGAGCCGGCGGUGAUCGCCGCUACAGGUACUGGAACCAUCCCGGCAAAUUUCACUUCUCUUAACUUAUCGGUUAGGAAUUCUGGUUCAACCAUGUCAGCACCGUUAUAUUCGAGGAAUAAUUAUUUUAACCAGAGCUUGAAGAGUAGUAUUGAAGAUUCACAUAGGAGGGUUUUGUUUUCUGGAGUUGGAUUAUCAUCAUCUGAGAAUAUUACUCCAUUAAAUUUUCCUAAUGGUAAUAUGAAUGUGAAUUCUAUGCUACAAGCAAAGCAAGAACCGGCAGUUCAAACUCACAUGUUUCAGUCGAGUACCGGGUCGAUUCCUGCGAGCCAGGACCAGAUUCCGGCGACGACGUUUCUUAUGGUGCCAAAUCAUAGUAGUCAAGUGAUGAGCGGUGAUUCUUUAUGGACAUUUCCAGGGCAACAAUUGGGUAUGGGAAAUGGUGGUGGUGGUGGCAGUGGCGGUGGGACAGUGGUGGAUGGACAUUUAAGCAGGCUAGCAACACUCAAUGGGUUUAGGCUGGGAGGUUCCGAGGCUCAGGCCACCGGCCAUGGCGCAGAGGGCCAUGAUCAACACGUUACAACUAAUAAUCACUUAUGA